AUGGGUCCAUCAUCAGACCCCAUGGCAGUAGUGGAUCACUCCAAUGGCCUUAAAGUACACGGCAUGGAAGGACUAAUGGUUAUCGAUGCCUCCGUAAUGCCCACAGUGGUAUCUGGAAACACCAAUGCACCUACCACGGUAAUAGCUCAGAAAGCUUACAAUCAAAUGGUUGGUGCAGAUAGAGUCGUCGAUGUCCCUGAUGAACCAUUGUCAGCUAGCCAAUAG